AGUCGGCUUAUGCUAGUGACGUGUUAGCAGGCAAAAUAUAAAUUAAAAACCAAAAUACACAAAAUGGAUGGUUUUAUGAUGGAUAUUAUCAAGGGCAUGUGUAUUAUGGAUAAUGACGGCAACCGCAUCUUGGCCAAGUAUUAUGACAAAAACAUUCUGUCCACGUUGAAAGAGCAGAAGGCCUUUGAAAAGAAUCUGUUCAAUAAGACACAUCGUUCCAACACCGAAAUCAUUAUGCUUGAUGGUCUCACCUGUGUCUACAAAAGCAAUGUCGAUCUGUUCUUCUAUGUCAUGGGCAGUGCCUACGAGAAUGAGUUGAUUCUGCUGUCGGUGUUGAAUUGUCUAUAUGACUCCAUUAGCCUGAUUCUCAAGAAAAAUGUGGAGAAACGUCUGGUCUUGGAGAAUCUGGAAAUCAUCAUGCUGGCCUUUGAUGAGAUCUGUGAUGGCGGGAUUAUCUUGGAUGCGGAUCCAUCGUCGGUGGUGAAAAGGGUUGAUCUGCGUAAUGAUGAUAUACCCAUUGCCGAACAGACUGUGGCUCAGGUUCUACAAUCGGCGCGUGAACAAUUGAAGUGGUCCAUACUGAAAUGAGGAGCGGAUGCAAUCACCGAUGUUGUCGCAAUACAUUCGAUUUUCCAAAACUAUUUCCGCCUAGAUUAUAAUGCCACAUAUACAUUUAUACAUACAUAUAUAUAUAUAUACGAGUAUAUUUAACUAGCAUGAGAAUUAGUUUACAUUAUUUCUUUGUCUCAUUUUUUUUUUGUUUUGUUUUAUUUUGUCGUUUCCUAUUUCAAGGGCGUUCACACUCUAAGAAACAAAAGAAAAAGACUAACAAAUUGUAAAUUACCGAAGAUGAGAACGAACUAUAAAAUAAAGUUUACUCUAUGUAUAUUAUAUAAAGAAAA